AUGGCCCUCCGUAAGCUCACGGCUCAACAGGUCCGCGAGCUCGCCCAGUCGUCGCUCCUCGCGUGCGGCGCCUCGCACCUCCAGGCGUCUGCCAUCGCCGACAUGCUGCGCGCCGCCGAGGAGGACGGCUGCAGCUCGCACGGCCUCUUCCGGCUGCCAGCCUUCCUCGAGGGUUGCGCUGGAGGGAGGGUCGACGCACGCGCGGUGCCGGUGGUGAGCAGCCCGCUGCCGGCGGUGGUGCGCGUCGACGCGCGGGGCGGCUUUGCGCAGGCUGCCGAGGCGGCGGGCCUGGCAGAGCUGGUCAGCAGGGCGAGGACGCACGGCGUGGCGAUGAUGGGCGUGGCCAACGCGCGCGGCAUGUCCGGCGCCAUGUGGUACCCAGCCGAGCAGCUCGCGAUGCAGGGCGUCGUCUCCAUCGUCUGCCACAACUCCCCGCCGUACGUGGCCGCGGCGCCGGGCAGCGCCCGCCGCGUCUUCGGGACGAACCCGAUGGCGUUCGGCUGGCCGCGCGCGGGCGGCCUGCCGCCGUACGUCUGGGACCAGGCGUCGAGCGUGAUGGCUCGCGGCGAGAUUGAGGUGCACCAGCGGGACGGGCGUCCGCUGCCGCCUGGCGAGGUGGGCGUCGGUCCGUCCGGCGAGCUGAGCUCGGACCCGGCCGCCAUCCUCGCGGGCGCGCAGCUGCCGUUCGGGAGGCACAAGGGCGCCAACCUCGCCGCGAUGAUCGAGCUGCUCUCUGCGGCGCUCUUUGGCAGCGACCUCGCCGUCGGCCAGCCAGAGGGCGCUCCCUUCGACACCUACUCGCGAGGGACGUUCGUGCUCGCCAUCGACCCUGCCAACCUGCGGGAGGAGGGGAGCGCGGCAGAGCAGGGCGAGCAGCUCUUCCAGGCGCUGCUGGGAGGCGCCGCCGACGCGCGCCUGCCGGGAGACCGGAGGCGGGAGCACCGCUCUCGCGUGGCGGCGGGGCGGCCGAUUGAGAUCCCGGAGGAGCUCUACGCGCGGAUCGGCGAGCUGGUCGCGGCGCACGCCACCUCGUGAGGUGCGGUCUCCGCCGAGCGUUGAGGACGAUGGGGCCCGUCCUGGCCGAGCUGGCCGCGGCGUACGGUGACGAGCCAGGCCAUUCCGUCGGCGCUGUUGGCCGACGGCUUUGCCAACCCGGGCGCCGGCGGGUUGCCCUUGCCGCCUGAGCCGAGUCUCGUGAAAAGGCGGCUCUUUUUUGGUUUUGCGGGACCCGAGUGCCGAGACGCGAGAGAGGCCAGUCGCCAGAGGCGAGAGGCCGGCCCGCGCGCUUGUGCGCGCCAAAAAUUGUGUGUGUGUACGUGUUUUGCAACCACUUCUUCUACUGCUG